UUAUUAUAAGAAUUACUUAAAACAAAUAAACACUUUAAGGAGAUUAUUAUAACUUCUACUUAUAAUAUUAUCAUAGAAUAAAAUUUGCUAUAAAUUUUCAUUUUAUCUGAAAUUAAUCUAAAAAUAAUGAGCCUUUAACCAACUAUGGGUAGUAAUGAACUAGAUUAGCUCUAAAAAGGUAGCGAAACUAGUGAUAACUUAAAUAUAUAAGCCUACACUAAUAUGAAUAACGAUUCAAUAAAGAUUAAUAAAACACAAUUUUUUAUGAAUAACGAAACAUAAAAUUCCAAAAUAGAUGAUAUGGAGCAAGUUAAUUAAAAGUUUUAGUUGCCUUUUGAAAUUUGUUUGCAUUCAAUCUAAUAAAAUAUCAUAUUUCCUAAUAUUGAGCGCAUGAAAGAAAUAUUAAAAUAGGUAAAAUAAAAUUAUUCAAACUAUUUGUUUGAGUAAUUUGCUUAGCUUUACUUGAGCAAACUAUUGUAGAUUAUUAAAACAUAACUUCAUUAAAAAGAAUAUGAAAGUGCAAUUGAACUAUUGAUAUUUUUAGAUGAUCUAACACAACCUCACAAUUAUGGAUAAUUUCAUCACAUAAGAAUUACUUGCUUACUAUUUAUAGGACACUAUUUUCGUAGUGUUGGAGAUGAUCACAGCGCAUUUCAAGUCGUCGAGUAGGCUUUAAGUAUUUCUAAUUAGCAUGGGUCGCCCUUCUUAAAAGGUUUAACUUAUCUUAACAUAGGUUCUUUACUUUCUAAAUUAAACGAUAAUGAAUAAGCAAUAAAAUUUUUCAAACAGUCUAUUUUAGCAUUCAGUGAAUCUAAUGAAAAAUUAGCUAAUUAAAUAACAGACGGAUAAACUAGAAAAAAGUCAUAAUCCUUCUUGUAUUCUCAUUAAAAUUAAAGUUUGGCCUUGCACAACUUAGGCAUUGAAUAUGAAAAAAACGACGAUUUAGAAAUGGCAUUUUUGUCCUACUUUAAUUCAUAUAUGAAUGCUAGAGAUCACUUAGGAUCUCAUCACAAUUUAACAAAGAAUUUUUUAUCUUUCCUAAAGAAUUUUGUUAAGAAACUGAAUUGGCAAGUUCAGAAUAUAGAAAAUCUGUUUGAAGAUCCAAACUCUUAUCUAAAUAUAAUAAGAAAACAAAAAAAAAUUAACAACCCUUAUUUUGAAACAUUCAAUUUUUAGCACAUGCAAAAUAUUUCAAAGAAUUUUAUUGAGCGUCUAGGAAAUUGUUAAUCUAAAUCUGAAAAAUAAUCAUCAUUGAAUAUGUCCAUAAAUAAAAAUAACUUUGCAUAAAACUUAAAUUCAACAUCAUAACUUUAAAGCCUAAGGCACAAAGAAAACAGUUCGAUUUUGAAUUAAAGUUAGUCUUCUAAAUCUAAGACUAUACAAAAUUUUGAAGAUAGCAUUAAAAGAGAGGAAUAUCAUUCUAUUUUACUGGCAACUGAAGAAUUUGAGUCUAAGAUAACACCCAUGAUUUGUUAAUCGAUGACAGUAGAAAGUAAUAAAGCAGAUAAGUCUUUCAAAAAUAAUGAUAGUUAAUUUUAAGACCUUGAUAGAAUUCCUACUUCAUAAUCAGAAGAGUAAAACCACAAGCUUAGUAGAUCUGAAUAUCUUAAAUUUUUGUAAGAGGAAUAGGCAAAAGCUAAAAAUAAUACCUAAAAUAUCUAAUAAACAACGGAAGAAAAAAAAAUGGUACUAAAAAUGCCUCUUAAUAUGGAAAAAGUUAAAUAGCAUAAUGAUGAAAAUAUGUCUACUAGUUAAAGGCAAGUUAAUCUAGGAGGUAGCAAGUCUUUUAUAAGUAGUGUUAACUUCGACACAAAUGCAUCGAAUUUACUGACAUCUAAGAGAUCACAUUAUGCAAAAAAUUAGUAAAGACCCUUCUCAGCUGUAUCAAAUACAACUAAACAUAAUUCUAUCAAGAGCUUCUAAUACAAUAAUAGUGAUGCCACUGAAAGGGAAUUUAACCAAACGGGUAUGUUAAAUACAAAUUUUUCUCAUUAAAACGAUAGAUCUCAAAUAACAGAUAAAUCAAUGAGAAAAUCAAGUCAUAUUAAGCCUCGUUUAGGUUUAAAUAAUAACAAUCAGGUUAUUUCUUAAAUUUCUUUCACUAAAUACUUGGAGCAGUUUGAUGAUAAAUCAUUUUACAAAAGCUACUAAAUUCAUUAAUCUUAAUUAAGAUAAAUGAAAUAAAAAGAAUUUCAAGUAAAAGACAGAAAUUCUCAACAAUUUCAUAUUAAAAAUUCAUUUUUUGUCUCUUAAUAGCAGAAGAAAAGCCAAUUAGAUAGAACAACAAGUUUUAAUUAAGCUAAUACUACAAGCAAUGCUGAAUCAAAAUCAUUUGUUGUUAAUAGAUCUAUUUAAAAAUAACAAAAUUAAGGCAAUUUAUCAAGAAGCUCAAUGCUUAAAAGCUAAAUUAUGCUUAAAAAAGAAAAUAGUAAAGAAACAAGCAGUUAAGCAAAGAAUAUUGAAUAGUCUUGCAAGUGA